UAACCGCUGACGAGUCAUUUGGGUUUGGAGUAACACUAUCAUCGCUAUGGCAGAUCUGGAUAUAAACCAGACGUUGGCAGAAAUAAAUGCUAUUUUAAACGAAACUGGACAAAACGAAACGGCAAAAUGGAAAGCAACAUCAGAAGGGAUGACAUUUGCAUAUACUAGUCUUAUCCUGAUGGCAGUUUUGCCGAUUUUUUUUGGUUCUUUCCGAUCAGUAAAGCACCAUAAGGCACAGAAGGAAUCUGGAGAAAAACCAGACACUAUGACCCACAAAGAUGCUGCAAUGUUUCCACUGAUUGCAAGCUGUGCCCUCUUGGGAAUUUAUAUAUUCUUCAAAAUUUUUUCAAAGGAAUAUGUUAAUUUGGUUCUUACUGCUUACUUCUUUUUCUUGGGAGUUCUAGCACUCGCUCACAUUCUAAGCCCUUUCGUGAAUAAACUCAUUCCAGAUGGCUUUCCAGAUGAAUUCUUUCAUCUGAUUUUCACUAAAGGACAAGGAGAACAAAAAGAAGAAGUCAUCAACUAUAAGUUUGACUACAAGGACAUCAUUUGUGUUGGCAUUUGUUCUUUGAUGGGUGGCUGGUACCUGUGGAAGAAGCACUGGGUCGCUAACAACUUGUUUGGACUAGCUUUUGCUGUAAAUGGUGUGGAACUUCUCCAUUUAAACAGUGUGAUUACUGGCACCAUUCUUUUGGGUGGACUCUUCAUCUACGACAUUUUCUGGGUUUUUGGUACUGAUGUUAUGGUCACUGUCGCCAAGUCGUUCGAAGCUCCCAUCAAGUUGGUUUUUCCUCAAGAUUUCCUUGAGAGUGGCGUGUAUGGCACAAACUUUGCGAUGUUAGGACUCGGAGAUAUUGUGAUCCCGGGUAUCUUCAUCGCGCUGUUGCUCCGCUUUGAUCAAAGCCUGAAGCGAGAACAGAAUGUGUAUUUUUAUUCAAGUUUUCUAGCUUAUUUUCUUGGCCUCAUAACAACAGUGAUUGUAAUGACAUACUUUAAACAUGCACAACCUGCUUUGUUAUAUCUAGUGCCAGCAUGCAUUGGAGUUCCAUUUUUAGUUGCUCUUCUAAGAGGAGACAUUAAAGCCCUCUUCAAGUAUGAAGAUCAUCCUGAAGAAGGUACAAGUGACGAAAACAAAGAGGAAGCUAAGAAGAAGAAAUGAUAUACGCGUUACUUGAUGUGCAGAGCAGAUGUCUCAUGUCAGCACAUUCUUAUUUUUACCUCAAAUAAGGUCUUGAGGUCGUUUAUUUUUCGGGGGUUUCCUGUUCGGAGCUAUUUGUUUUUUAUUCUUAUAGACACUCCUUAUACGUCACUUUUUCUCUGUAUUGAAUAUUUCUUUUUAUUCAACCAAUCGUAUUCCUGCAGUAUAGCUGGUUUAGAACAUGUUGCUAUGGAAUCAACAUCUACUGAUACAGUUCAUUAACCAAAUGUGCACUGGGUCAGUCUGUAUUAGAGAAGUAAUGUUAACUGUUAUCCAAAUUUAUUUACACAAAAUAUCAGAUGUGUUAAAAAAAAAGUAUUUGUACAACAGAUACGUCUGUGAAUUAAUGACAUUAGUCCGAUUCAUAUUUUGAUUUGUUGGAGUGCAAGGUGACGUCCAUGUAAAGAAUAGAAAUACUUUUGUCCAUUGCAAUUAAAUAACCUCUAGAACGUACAAAAUACAUAUCUAGAGUAUCCACUCGUCUCUACUAAACUGUCACUAAAUUAUCACUGUAGGGUAAAAUGAAUAGUUGAUAAUUUUGACAACAAAAUAAAUACCAUGCUGAAUGGCACUCUGUAAACAUUGACCCUCACUCGUGCACAUAUGGUUAACGAUUUUAGUUUGCUAUUCUGACAAACUUGUUAAUAGAAUGAUCUUUAAUGUUAAGAUACAAAAGAAUCACUUUCGGCCGCUUAUCGAGUUAGAUGACAAAGUUCGUACUUCUCUACAAAAAGAAAACUUGAAGGAAUCUUGAUGUAUAGAGUAAAUAUUUAUUGCACAUCUAAUCCAAUGUAAUUUUGUAGAACUGUUUGAAACAACCAGUAGGACUUUAUAAAUGGCAGUUUUUUCUACAAUUUUAAAAUUAAAAGGAACAUUUUAUGCGUAACACCUUGAAGUAAUUUUUUGAUGUUUUAACAUAACUCUCCAGUGGAACAUGCUUUUGUUAGAUUGACGUAUCUUGUUCUUAUGUGGAACAACCAAAAAUUACUGCUGCAUUAUUUUUAUUUGUUUUCCAGAAAUUACUAACUUCUGCGUAUCCACACUUAUAAGUUCUGUUCGAAUUUUUAUCCAUUAAAAUAUUUUCUUUUAAAUAGAAUUGAACAGGAAACCCGUUAAGAAGAUAAAAAAAAUCCCAUGUUUUUUUAGGUGAUGGAAAUUUUUGUUUAAUUUAUAUUUAUUGCUUUUCUAUAUCAGCCAGUUUUCCAAUUGAAGUCUAUAAAUCUUAAAAACCUGAAAGUUGACCAGAAUAAACAUACAAGAAUCUUCUGUAUUCUUAACAUAUUAAAUCAUUGUUGUCUGUCAGUUGAAAGUGUAAAAGAGUUUUGCAAGAUGAAAAUUCUCAAAGUUCCAUAUAAAGGUUUAAUAGUAAUAUAUUCUUAAAGAAAUGCACAAACAGUUAAUCGAUGUCUUCAUUUUAAACUGUUUGGUGCUUAGGCCUAGGCUAUGUGUUUGUAUUAGAAAAAUAAUAAAACUUGGUGAUGUUUGAAACAUGAUUAAGUAAUGUUUUCUUCAAGCACGACUAUUCAAAAAUAAAUGGGACAGCACACUCAAAAGUGUAACUAAAAAUUUUAUCAAAUAAUUGGGACUUCGUGUGAAGAUUUGGUAUUUCAAUCUUUUGUUAAACUUGAGUGACGGGUAACAUUUUCGUAUUCAGGAUAAGAUCGUGUUUUAUGUGUAACACUGAAAAGUCACGAACUAAACGGUACAAGUCUGAAAGAAAUGAAUGAUUAGCUUCUGUAAAGAGGUCUAGCAAUAUGUUAAUCAGCUUUUGUAAUACUGUAUUGUCGUCGUAUUGCUGCACAACUUGGUAACAUUGACAAGAUAUACUCAAGAAUAAAUUUUUUAUUUACUCUGUUGUCUAUAUUUUCUUUGAAAGCUAUAAUAAAACUAUAUAUUUUUUAUC